UACUCGGUAUUUAUUUGUCGGCCGAUGCUGCUGUAGUCGGCCUUCCAAAUUCUUCGGUCAUCCACGUAUUCAGAUCACGCAGUACCCUCUGCAGCAUAUGCUAGUUGGCCAUUUAUAUGGCAACUGCAUCUUUAUCCCCGGCUCCCAUACCGAUACCCGCCAUGUCCGGAAGACGAAUCCCGCUAUCGUCAAACCAGAACAUUGCCAAUUCCCCCAUUCGAAGCUCUGCUUUGCUUGGCAAGCAGAAACGAUCCUCUGCUCAACUGCAGCGAGAGGAUCAAUAUGGCCAACCACCCCCAGCCAAGAGGCAGAUCGUGGAGAGCGGCAGCCAACGCUUGUUGAAGUCGCCUUCGCACCAGAAUCGAGUUACGAAAAGCCAGAUCCCCGUACAGACGCGCCGCAAUGCCAACAGCUACGAGAGCAAGCUAGCAAGGGAGCGAUCCGGACAGCACCAACAACAACAACAACCACCUCCCCCGGUUGCGGAGCCUUUAACAUCUAAAUACAACGAAAAGGAUAUAGAAGAGAUCCGAAAUUGGCAACAACACCAUCGGGCCAGGUUCCCCAAAUUGGUCUUCUAUUUCGAGAAGGUCCCAAGCGAUGCCCAUAAGAAGCUUGCUAAACAGAUCACCCUCUUGGGUGCUCGCGAGGCAGCUUUCUUUUCCAUAGAAAUCACGCACGUCGUCACCACGCGCUCGAUACCCUCCGAAAGGAGUGCAAGCCGCCGAGAUGAGAAUACGGCCGUGGAGAAGCACACGGGCCAUUGUCAGGAGCAGGAGCAGGUGAAGACUAUCAACCCCUCACUAUUAUCCCGGCUUUCCGAAGCCUCCGUCAGGCGGAGGGCCUUGGAGGGCGAUAUCCGCACUCGAAAGACGCCGUCGCAUGCCCAGGACGAAACAGCCAACCAACCCAAGCGCAACAUGGACGUUUUGCUCCGGGCCAGGGAGAUGGAGAAGAAGAUUUGGUCACUAGAAAAGCUGCAGCGGAUGAUGACUUUACUGCUCGAGACGGACCCUUACGUUAGCGCCGAGAUCGCAUAUGGAACCCGAAAGGCGAUCCAUCCGGAACCUCGGACCACCGAAGACCAUAAUCUGCUGCGUCUUCUCCACAACGAGCGCGUCAACGGGCCGUCAGAUCGCGAUCCUACUGUCAAUGCUCGGGAACUGCACCACUUCAAGGGCCCGUACCUCUAUGUAUACGAUAUUGAGGAGAAACAGAAGCCCAUCAUGGUAAGGGAGUACCAGAAGGUUGCUGACAAAGCAAAUGGAGAGUGGCCUCAAUUUCGGACUGCUGCGUUGGGGCGCUGCCCCUUCGUCGACGAGUACGAAUCUAGAGAUGUUCGACCUCAGCCCAAGCCGAAGAAGGCCCAGGUGGCCAAGACCGUCGCCGAGGCGAGACCUGCCCUACAACCCCCGAAGAUGGCGCCCCCUAAGCCGGUAACUGGGAAGCGAUCGUUGGGCGAGAUGGAGAAUGGCCACUGCCGUGGCUCGAGUGUUGCAUCGAUUGAACCGCUUAACCCAACUAAAGUCUCCUUUAGCCGCAUUGCUGACGGCCGUCCUAAUGCAUUUACCGGUCGCGCCCCUCCUGGACGUCUGUUUGGCGGGGAGCCUGUUGCCUCUGGUGUCCAGCCUUCUAACGUCACCUCGGCGAUUCGGUCCCAGAUGGUGUCUUCGACCGCGACAACGCCAGGUGUCAUCACCGGCCUAAGCAAGGAAGUCCACGGUCUUCAGCGCCAGGUUCUGAAGCGUAAUAGUACUGCCACGUCACAAGACUUGAGCUCCCGCCGGAAUGUAGAGUUGAGUUUCCAGGACGACAGCGCAGUGAAGCGGUCUUUUAGCAUGGCGCGUACUUCUAGCCGGAAAUGGGACUUGAUCGACGAGAAUGCUGCCGCUAAAGAUUCCCAGGAGAGUGACAAGACCAUCUCACGACCCGAAAGGCGCGCCCUGGAGAAGUCUAAGAAAAGAGAUCUGAAGCCGGGCUACUGCGAGAAUUGUACAGAGAAAUACUCCGAUUUCGAUGAGGUAAGGGUUGAACAUGAGGCCUGUCUCUUGAUGUCCCCUCCUGGCUUAGACUGCUAACGGGUUGUCGUGCAGCACAUUGUGUCCAAAAAGCACCGCAAGUUUGCCGACGACGACGAGAACUGGGUCGAGCUGGAUGACCUCCUUUCCCAGCUUCAGCGU